GUUUGACGACCUUCAUCAUAUAAUAUAAUACAUAUCUAUUUUGGACAUAUCCUUAUAUACGGUAUAAAUGACAGACAAACAAAAUCCCAUCGCAUGUGAACCCUGUCGCCAGAAGAAAUGCAAGUGCGAUCGUACCCUCCCGUCCUGUUCGCAAUGUUCUGAUCCAGGGCGAUGCAUAUACCCCGAGAGUGGGAAACGUGGCCUUCCUCAGGGCUAUAUUACACAUCUGGAGAACCGGUUGGCGGCCACAGAGCGGGCGCUGUAUAGCACCUAUGCCUCUUUGCGGGCGGUUUCUCCACCCUCAUUCACUGUCGUCGUUAAUUCACCACAACAAACCCCAUCGCGAACCGCCGCAGUCGCUGAAUGGGCUCAGUUCCCCUUGCGCGAUCCGAGCGAUCUGGAACGAUGGUGGACCAGUAAGAACCAGAUAUACGGGGCAGCAGAAGAAGCUUCCUCACCGGUAUGGAGUUUGGGAGCAGGGGAGAUCGAUACCAGAGAAAAGGAUUCUUCGGCUGCAGCUUCAAGCAACAACCUUGGUCACAAUCCUCGACCAAGAACGGGGAAUCCGAAUCCUAGAGAAGGUCGGGCGGAGCAUUUGGCGGAGUUAGAGCCAGCAGUGUACUUUUGAUAAUUUAGUACUCAGUCAUGGCGUACCUAAUCCGCUGAGGGUCAAGCUCAAGAAAUUUGAAGCUAUUCAACCACCACGUUUGGGAUUGCAUUUUAAAAUCGCUAGCUAUAGAUUACCCCAGAGAAGACUUGAGGCUGUAUGUACUUGUAUAUUCAUAAGAAACUAAUCUUAUUUAUAUGGC